UGGGUCCGGGUUCCAGGUGAAGAGAGGUGUUCCACUGAGUGGUGUCGAGUAUUGCAGUACCUCGAGUCUCACAGACUCGGAGCCCACCUAUGUUGAUUAGAAUUACGAGUUUACAUCCUGUCUUCCGGAUUCUUCAUAGUAAUUCCUCUGUCCACACUCCCGGUCCACGUCAGCACCAGAAUGCAUAUAUAUUGUCAUCUUCGUGCUCUAUCUCGGGCCACAGAGACUGGGCGCCUGCUAGUCCAACAUAGUUUCAGAAAAAUCCCUGCUUUCUGAGGACCUUCAAAUUCUAUUUGUCUGUGUGUGAUCCAAGAGCCACAGACAGAUGAAAUUAUUGCAGUGGACGUACUGCUCUGAUUAUAAGCUACAUCCAAACCCUGGCAGCAUGCACCACUGUUUUUGGAAAUAUGUCACAGCAAUUAUAUCCUUAUUCCUUUUGAGCUGCUUCUUCCAUAAGAAAAUUCAAAAUGUUGAAUAUAAACUUCUGUUGAAGGAGAAGGAGGACAUAGCUUGGCAGACAGUUCAGGAACAAAUCAGCUCUGAAAGCAAGAACCAUCUGCAGACCUUCAAGGAGAUGCAGAGAGACUCCCCUCUUUUCCAGCGUGCCAGCUACCAAUUCCUGGCUGGAGCCCCUCCCCGGGAAAAGAGACUGCUGACCCUGGGGAUUGCCUCAAUGCAGCAUCCUCGUGGGAACUACCUCUUGGACACCCUGCAGUCCGUGUUCCAAGCUUCCUCAGAAAGUGAGCUGGAGUAUAUCGUGGUGCUGGUCCACCUGUCAGGUCCUGACCCUGAGUGGCUCGGCAAAACAGUUGCCAAUAUUUCAGGUCUCUUCACAUCACAGAUUGGGGCAGGGAAGCUGCUGGUGAUCCACGGUGGCUCUCCUCUCCCAGGAGAUCUAAGUGACGUUAAUCACUCAUCACCCUGUGAAGCCCUCUAUUCCAGGCAGAAAGUAGAUCAUGCCCUCCUCAUGAACUUUGCCAGCAACCUCUCUGAUUACUUUCUACUGUUGGAAGAUCAUAUUUAUUGCACCCCUAAAUUUGUUGCUGCCAUCUCUUUGGCAUUAUCAGCCUGGAAAGAACUACCUUGGGUGAUCCUGGAGUUCGCCCACCUGAGCAUCUCUGGGAAAGUUUUCCACACCAGUGACCUCUCCCGCCUGACACCUUUCUUCCUCCUCUUCCAGAAGGACACUCCUACUCACUUGCUUCUCUCUGAAUUUCGUCUUCUCUUGGCCCAGAAUGUUCCUAUUCAUUUCAGUCCCUCUGUCUUCCACCACACAGCUGAUUAUUCUGUGUUUGGCGACAUAUGCUUUCCCGUGGAGAAGGAUAGGGUCUUUGGUGAACCAGACAACCCUGCUGCUACUGUCCUCACUGACAUGGUAUCAAUAUUGGCUGUGAUGCCACAAUACGCUUAUACACUGAAUGAGGAGGGCUACUAUACCUUAGAUCCUUUAAAAGGAAACUACUUGACAGUGAUUCUGGACAGGCCACAAAGAGUCACCCGGAUAGCAGUGCUGACAGGCUCUGACAAAGAAGGGAGGUACCAACUGCAGCAGGGGCAAGUGGAACUGGGCUACGAUCCCCAGGAGGACCCCAAAGGCUGCACUCGCUAUGCCCUGCUAGGGCCGCUGGUGGGAGGGAAUUUGGAUCAGAUAGUAUUUUCUGAAAAAGAGUCUGUGGAAGAGUUGAGUUGUAUCCGACUGCUGGUGUUGGCAUCUCAAGAGUCUUGGCUCCUGAUCAGGCAGAUCAAAAUCUGGACUGAGCCUGAGGAAGAAGAGAAAUAGAGGGCACAGUGGGGAUUCUGAAAGAACUGCCUUUGAGAAUGGAAUCUAUAUGGUUGGGAAGAAAUAAAUUUACACACCAAUCAAGGGCUGUUCAUU